AUGGACCGCCCUAUCUUUUGCGGAAAAAAAGCCAAAAAAUUACCUUUCUAUAACCUACAAAAUAAAACAAUCCAUUAUUUAUUCUUUCUUUCUUUCUUUCUUUCUUUCUUUCUUUCUAUCUAUCUAUCUAUCUAUCUAUUUUUUGCUUUCUUAUCCAUCUAUAUAUCGUUCGUUCGUUCCUUCUGUCCUUGCUUCCUUCUGUCCUUGCUUCCUUCUGUCCUUCCUUCCUUCCUUCCUUCCUUCUUUUCCUUGCUUCCUUGCUUCCUUCUUUUCCUUCCUUCCUUCCUUGCUUCCUUCUUUUCCUUCCUUCCUUCCUUCCUUCCUUCCUUCCUUCUUUGCUUCCUUCCUUCCUUCCUUCCUUCUUUGCUUCCUUCCUUCCUUCCUUCCUUCCUUCCUUCCUUCUUUGCUUCCUUCUCUUCCUUCCUUCCUUCCUUCCUUCCUUCCUUCCUUCCUUCUUUGCUUCCUUCUUUUCCUUCCUUCCUUCCUUCCUUCCUUCCUUCCUUCUUUGCUUCCUUCUUUUCCUUCCUUGCUUCCUUCCUUCCUUCCUUCCUUCUUUCCUUCCUUCCUUCUUUACUUGCUUCCUUCCUUCCUUUCAUUCGGCGCACGCGGAUAUCGCAAAAUAUCAGAGGCAGACCGGAACGAAAAAUAUGA